UUCCAUACGUCUCGUUAAGUCCUGAAUCAUAAUGGCCAGUAUGGAAGUGGAAACUCCUGCCAUUACUUUAAAUCAGGUCGCUCGUACGAUGUUCUAUCUGGUUACACCAAAUGAAACAUCCUUCCAGCAUGUCGAGGAAGUGCCCGACUACGUAGAUAAGGCCACACCCAUUUUCCUAGGAAUGCUGGUGCUGGAGUUGGUGUUGGGCUGGGCAAAGACUGGAAGCCUUGUCAUUAGAAUCAAUGAUGGAGUCACCUCUGUGUCAGCUGGCUUGCUGUCCAGACUACCACUGCUUUUUUUGAGGAGUCUGGAAUUAUCCAGUUAUAUCUACAUCUGGAACAACCAUCGAUUGCUGGAGCUCCCCUGGGACUCACCCUGGACCUGGUGGCUGGCCUUCCUGGGUGUGGACCUGGCGUACUACUGGUUCCACCGUUUUUCUCAUGAGUUGAACAUCCUGUGGGCGGCCCACCAGGCUCACCACAGCUCAGAGGAGUACAACCUCUCCACAGCUCUCAGGCAGUCGUCGACACAGCAGUUUGCAUCAUGGAUUUUACACCUGCCUUUGGCCUUGGCUGUACCUCCCACCGUGUUUGCCGUCCACGUACAAUUCAAUCUUCUGUACCAGUUCUGGAUUCACACAGAGGUCAUUAGACACCUUGGGCCAUUGGAGUGGGUGAUGAACACGCCCAGUCACCACAGAGUUCAUCAUGGACGAAACCGUUACUGUAUUGACAAGAAUUAUGCUGGAACUCUAAUUAUUUGGGACAGAAUCUUUGGUACUUUUGCUCCCGAGGGUGAUAAAGUUGUGUAUGGCCUCACAAAGCAAAUAAAUUCAUUUGACCCCAUCUAUGUUCAGUUCCACUACUAUCCAUACAUAUGGCGGACAUUCUGGAGAGCCUCCGGAGUCAGAAAUAAACUGAGUGUCAUCUUUAAGGGACCUGGGUGGAGUUCUGGCCAUCGAAGUCCUGGAGACCGUAGACAAUUACCCAAGGUUACUGUCAAGGAAGUGCCGUACAACCCAACUUUGCCAGUUGUUCUACAAGCAUAUGUGCUCCUACAGUUCCUCCUAUUGCUGGCUGUUUACACUGAUGUUAUGGCUAUGAAGUUGAUACUCUCCCAGCAGGCUCUGCUUUUGUUGGCUGGCUACAUCAUCUUCACACUGACCUCCUUUGGGCUAAUCAUUGAUCGCAGGCCAAAUGCAGCUGUGGUAGAGAUGUUCCGAUGUGCCUUACUCCUGGGGCUUUACAGAUUUGGUUAUAUGAAAGUGGCUGUACCCUCAAUGCCCUUUGAGGUCUUCAUCUGUCUCUCUGUGCUGUACUGGGCCCUGCAGACAUUGAGCAAACUGGCCAAUGGGAAGAACAAACAACACUGAGAAAACAUUCAAGGAAGACCAAAGCUGACUCUCUGCCACCUGUCACAACAAGGAUUUAAUCUGUUUAACUGAUUACAAAAACAUAAAAUUAGUAUGCACUCAAGUGUAAUUGCAUGUGUCUUAAAUUAAGAUAUCCAUCCGUCAACUCGCAUGGAUGACAUAAUUUAAGGACAUACAGAUAGGUUGUGCUUGAGAGAACUGCUGUUCAUUUGAGCUCAUAAAAAAUAUAUAUUUUUCACAUUUUAUAUAAUUUUAUAUAAUUCCUCAUAUUUUCAAUAAACUAUAAUAAACAAUUUUAACUUUUCAAUUAGUCUCUGAAUUUAAAAGAAUAUGUACACUGUUUUAAUUUGUAACAUUACACAUUGGAUAUAGUUUUUGACUAACAGUACAUGAAAUAGCCAUCAGUACAUAACUGUUGAAUAUAGUUACAUAUUAUGGCUUUAAAAAAUGAAUUAUAGAUUUUGAUGGUUCUUUCAUGGGUAAGACUCUCUGGUCCUUGCUUCUAAUACUGAGCAAAUGAGAUAAGGAAAUGGAAAAUAUUUAUAAACUGAUCGCUAGAUGGCACCAUUGUAACUGUGAAACAUUUUAUAUAUCCAUCUAAAAGGUGAGUUCUCUCUUCUCUUCAAUAACCUGGAAUACAAAGAAGUGUGAUUACUUUCAUAAUCUCUGAAAACCUCUCUCUCUCUCUCUCUCUCACGUGCUCUCUUUCUUUCUCUCUCUUUCUUUCCUGUCUCUCUCUUAUUCUUGGCAAUUUAUUAUGCUUCCACAUAUUAAGCUGUGGCAUUUGUCCAAUAAAAAAUGUCAGGUUAGUCCUUGCACCACUAUUCAUUCUCUGACAUUUUAAGAACUAUUCUAAAAUUCUUUUUGAAUAAAGUAUAUGCUGUCACCCAAA